AAUCUUGUUAAUAGGGAUGGGACAUCUGAUGUAAUGGAGUGCUUGGUAGACAAGACGAAUUUUCUUCCAAAUGAGACUUUCCCAGACAAUUUUAUGCGUCGUGAAGUACGUGCUCUUGAGGUUCACUGCUCAUUUGUGGAGGAAGGGUGUAGUUGGAAGGGAGAACUUAGGUUUUUAGAGAACCAUAAGCAGACGGAUUGCAAGUAUUUGGAAGUCCUCUGUGUGCAUACUACAUGUAGCAUGCAGGUUAAAAAAAGUGAACUUGCUGAUCACUUGAGUAAGGAAUGCAGAUUCAGACUACAGCAAUGCCAAUUUUGUGAUGAAUCUGUUGCUUACUGCGAAAUGAAGGAACACCUCCGGUCGAAUCACAAAUAUCUCCACCGCCAGAUGGACAACCUGGGAAUUGAAGUAGAUGGCCUGCUUCAGUUAGUUUACCUCCUCCAAGAUGGGCAUCGCCAUCUCCAGAAUGAACAACGUAGAUUACACGAAGCGGUUCAACAACUGCAGGCGAACCUCUGCGUAUUGGAGCAAGGCAUUCAACAGCAAAGAGAGGAUGAUGUAAAGAAUGCCUUGUGUGUGGUGAAAGAUAUUCUUGAAGAUAUGGCCAGGUCGCGUGAUGAACAAGGUGCUGAAGCUAACCCCCCACGUAAUUGUAAAAGAAUGAUCAAAGCCGUAGAGGAAGCUCUGGAGGUUAGAAAUGCAAACCCAGCUGAGUCAGACCUAUGUGCAAGACAGCAAGGGCUUUCAAGCGACGAUGGUCAGCUGUUGGCAUGUAAAACAAGACGUGUGCACGCAACAUGCCAAGAGCCUAAUGCCCAGGAGAGAACGGCUUUGGGAAAUCCGUCAGGUGCUAGUCCUUUCUCUGAAACACCCAGUGAGUCCAGUGGUAGUGUUCAGAACCUUGCUUUGGUACAACGGGUUGUCAGUCUUAAAAAGAGAGAUGCGGACAUGAAAAUGGAACCUGAUACCACCCAGGAGAGCUUCAGGAGGCAUGACCAAAGAAUUGAAUCUAUUGAGCACACACAGGCACUCAGGAAGGUGACCCUGGCUGAUUUGGAGGGGUACCGAACCGCUGACCACGAAGUUCUUCUGGUAGAGAACAAUCGCAGAAUGGAAGAAGUUAGACGUGACGUGGGUAAUAUGAAAAGGCAACUUGACACCACCCAGGAGAGCACCAGAAGGCAUGACAGAAGGAUUGAAUCUAUAGAGCACACACUGGCACUCAGAAACAUGACCCUGGCUGAUUUGGAGGAGUACGUAAAACAGCAAGAGUUCUCAAGCUACGAUGGCCAACUGUUGUGGAAGAUUCCUGAUUAUGCUCGCAAACGAAAUGACGCAGUGACAGGCCAGCAAGUCUCUUUCGAUAGCCCUUGCUUUUACACCAGUCGUCACGGCUACAAAAUGUGCGCCCGCAUUUACCUGAACGGGGAUGGAAUAGGAAAAGGAACGCACAUCUCGAUCUUCUUUGGGGUCAUGCGCAGUCAGUAUGACGCGCUUCUCCGCUGGCCAUUCAGACAGAAGGUCACCUUCAUGUUGCUGGACCAGGAUAACGUGGAACACGUGAUUGACGCCUUCAGACCCGAUCCGAACAGCUCAUCCUUUCAGAGGCCAAGAAAAGAAACAGACAUCACCAGUGGGUGUCCAAUGUUCUGCUCGCUUGCUGAGCUGAAUAAUCACGCAUAUGUCAGGGACGACACCAUGUUUGUAAAGGUUAUUGUAGAUACGGAUGAUCUGUAAUUAAUAUUAGACCUGUAGGACAAAUUUUUUAGUGUGGGGUUGCCUUAAUAUAGCAUCGGGAUCAAAUAUGGACUCGGGCGAUCAGGGACAAAUUUAGACGGGCUUUUUUUAAUGAUAGACAGCAUUUACUCAGAUUAUGCAGCUCCGAUGCCGCAGUAAUAACUUCAAGGGUUAAUUUCGAACAAAAAUGAUGAACUCUCAAGAGCAACCAGCACAGAGUAAUAUUUGAUAAUAUCAUUAGCGGUCAGUAUGAUGCAUUACUCCACUGGCCAUCGGGAGCGUCUUCAAUAUUUCGUUGAUUUCAUUACCUCUACUCGUAUAGACAUACAGGUAACGCCCAUUUGAAAGAAUUCUUAAGCUCUUGAUGGAAGUUCAUUAUACAAGCCCUAAACCUCUGUAACAACUCCAUACUAUCAUAUCAAAUUUGUGCCAAGUGAAAAAAAUUACUUAGGAUCAGAAAGUAAGGCCACACAACAAUGUAUUUGAGACACUUGGGGGGCCAUCGGGAUAAGGUUAAAAAUUUUCAUCCAACAAGGCAGAUGAUAUUUGUAAUAUUGAAAGUCGUUCACUCAGUUCCAUGGUGUUUUACACCAUUGAUUAACAUCAUUGUUUGUUUGUUCUGGUGACUUUCAUUCUUAGUGAGUGGUAACCAACUCAACAAGAAAAAACAUAAGAGAAAAUUUCGUCAUCGUCUCAGUCGAUCCUAAUACUCAGUGAGCAUCGAGUGAGGUUUUAAAAGUUAUGGUCGUAAAGGCAAAGCCUGAAGAAAGGUCCAUUGUCAUCGUAAUUUUUUAUAGCUAACCCUUUAACUCCCAGAAGUGAUUAACAUAAAACUUCUCCCUACAAUAUCCAUACAUUCUUCAGCAAACAGGUAAUGAGAAUAUUCAAACUUAUCAGGUAGAAGCUGCUAUCUUGAUCUAGCACUAAAUUCUCAAAACUAAUUUACAAGGAAAUGUGUAGCAACUACAGGGGAGAAUUAACAAUCAGAUCUUGGGAGUUGAAGGGUUAAAUUAUUAUUUACUUUUAAACGAGGUGUUUAAACUACAUCAUCAUUUCGCUUAGAAGUUAGAAAUACGGUUUAAGACACGGUUAAAAUAUUAGCCGAACAAAGAA